AAACUCCAGUUACCAGCACGAAUGCCAAGUACAGGAAAACAUCCAGCUUCCUCAUGCAGCAACACUUAUAAUCAAAGAGAGUGAGCAAGUUGAGCAGAGUCUCGCAACAGGUGCUUCACAGGUGUGGUGUCACAAUGCAUAAGAGCCAGAAGAACACAGGCGGGAAUGCAGUGUUCUACAAACCAGUAGGAAUUACGACAGAAAUAAGAUCAGGAUACCUGUUCAAGUCUCCUCCCCAAGGACGGUUGAAGACAGAGAAAUCAUGGAAGAAGCGGUAUUUUGUGCUCUUCAAAAUCAAUGAACAAGAACAUCAACUGAAGUACUUCAGGAACCCAGAGGAAAAGGACAGGCCGCUUGGAGGGAUAGACUUAUCGCAUAUCUCAUUGUUAUAUGUGAGCCCUCAAAACCACCAAAGAUGGGGAUGGGUCGAGAAGAGCUUCAAGUGCUCCCCAUCCUGUGUGCUCUACAUUAAGGCUGCUGACCGAGACUACUUCCUCAUCGGGGACACGAGCAAGGAAGUGGACGGCUGGUUCUCGGACCUGUUUGACGCCCUGAAAAACCGGCCACAUAAAUUGAUCAGUUCAGAGGAACUGUCUAAUGGUCAGCCAACAAUUGAGGUUAUUUCAGACCCAGUUAUGAAAAAAAAGAAUUCCGCCGGUGUGCCUGAAAAGGCAGAGUUGAAAAUACGGUCCAAGUCUGAACCAUCCUCAAAUACUUUGGAUAACGAGGGUGACGAUUCCAGCUGUUCUAAAAGACGUGCAUCAGAGCCUGUGAAUCCAAUCUAUGACUACCCGAGACCCUUGUCAGGACAAGUUGGAGAAAUGUCCUCAGUGUAUGAAACAAUGACAGAACUUCAUGAACAACUAGCUCGGGCAGCGGACCGUGAAGUUGAGGAGGUCACCAAAAGCACCCUGAUGAGGUCUGUCACUGAAGUCUAUGACAAGUUCAAAACACAGACUUCCCCACUCCCUCCAUUCGAUGAGGAGACAGCUUCUGAGGACAGAGAAAAACGUCUGACUUCAGACUUCAGUAGCAGCUCCAGUGACAACGGUGCCGUGUCUCCUGUAGAGAUGCUGAAGACACAGAAUGUGCACAUGCUGGAAAAACAAGGCUCUACAGAAAGCCUUGACACCAUCACCAUCACCCAAGAGGAGAGAGAUAUUGAGGUGAGGCAGGCAGAUUUGAAAAAAUAUCUGACCCUAACAGAAGUGGAUGGGAAACCAAGUGUGUCUGGGUGGACAGGCCAGCCAGAGUCGGUGUGCCUGUUUCACAAAGGAGACCAAAUUCUGGCAAUUAAUGACUUGCACACCUGCAGCAUGGACGAGGUCAACAUGUUUCUCGGCAAGUCUCUCAAAAAUGAGGUGAAAGUGACCAUCCUGCGUCUCCCUGGGUGCCCGCCUCUGCAUUUGCCAAACUGUCCCUGCAAUGACUGACUGCAAACCGACUAUUAGAAAUGAAAUAGUUUUACUUCCAAUGUGUAUGUAUGAGUGUGUUCAAAUUACUCUUGGAGACACUUCCUUUCUGUGGAUGGUGGGUUUGUACCAUGUAUUGACCACUUUAGACAUCUGACAGUAUUUUGAGACCGUUCUCAUGUCAGGGCGUCCAAUACCAAGGCUUUUAGAAAAAGUAGCAAAACGCAGUUAUUUGACAUCGAAAGGUACCCUUCAGCGUCUAAUAUAAGACGCUUCCGGAUGCGUCUCUAUGAGACGCUCUGGGGCGUCUCGUACAGAUUGGAAGUACAAGCUAGCUAGCUAGCUAGGUUUGUGUUAAAGGUGUUGACAGCCCCUCGAAGCCCCCUACCCUUACCACAACCAUCAGAAAUGUUAGUACCUAAACCUAAGUCACUCACUUUAUGCAUGUUGACCAAUGUGCUAGCAGGUAGGGUUAGCUGAGACGUAGCAAACGGACACUGAAGGGUACCUUUAAAAUACUAAUUUACUGUAAAAUACUUUGUCACGCAUUCUGAAAGCAUCAGUUAUGACGCACUGAGAUGAGAACGUGUUGGUAUUUUCCCAGGGCUGUGGCCAGUUCCUAUUGAUCUGUCACUCUACUUGUUUACUCAGUUUAAAAGUCAAGUAGAGCACGCAUAAAGUGAAGUUAAAAGUGAAAUCUAAUACAUGGCCCGCAUCAUACUGUAUGUGAAAAAGUUCAACUGCAUUUUAGCUGCUGAGCAUUCUGUGUGUAAACAAUCCUUUGCAGU